AAUUUCUGCAGUCAGAUUGGGGAUGAUCGGCCUAUCUCCUACUGUCACUUUAGUCCCAAUUCCAAAAUGCUGGCCACAGCUUGUUGACCAACCCUGGCUGAGAUGCUUUCCUUUGUGUUUGUUAGGAGUGGGCUUUGCAAGCUCUGGUCUGUUCCUGAUUGCAACCUCCUCCAUACUCUUCGAGGCCAUAACACAAAUGUGGGAGCAAUUGUAUUCCAUCCAAAAUCCACUGUCUCCUUGGACCAAAAAGAUGUCAAUCUGGCCUCUUGUGCUGCUGAUGGUUCUGUGAAGCUUUGGAGCCUUGACAGUGAUGAGCCAGUGGCAGAUAUUGAAGGCCAUACAGUGCGUGUGGCCCGUGUAAUGUGGCAUCCAUCAGGACGUUUCUUAGGUACCACCUGCUAUGACCGUUCAUGGCGCUUAUGGGAUUUGGAGGCUCAAGAGGAAAUCCUGCAUCAGGAAGGCCACAGCAUGGGUGUGUAUGACAUUGCCUUCCAUCAAGAUGGCUCUUUGGCUGGCACUGGGGGACUGGAUGCAUUUGGUCGAGUUUGGGACCUGCGUACAGGACGUUGCAUCAUGUUCCUAGAAGGUCACCUGAAGGAAAUCUAUGGAAUAAAUUUCUCCCCCAAUGGUUACCACGUUGCAACUGGCAGUGGUGACAACACCUGCAAAGUGUGGGACCUUCGACAGCGGCGUUGUGUCUAUACCAUUCCUGCCCACCAGAACUUAGUGACUGGUGUCAAGUUUGAGCCUAUCCAUGGGAAUUUCUUGCUUACUGGUGCCUAUGAUAACACAGCCAAGAUCUGGACCCACCCAGGCUGGUCGCCACUGAAGACUCUGGCUGGCCACGAAGGCAAAGUGAUGGGCCUAGACAUUUCUUCCAAUGGGCAGCUCAUAGCCACUUGCUCAUAUGACAGGACCUUCAAGCUCUGGAUGGCUGAAUAGGCAGGACCAUGGAAGAAGGAUUCUAGCCUCACUCUCUCUUUAGAGCCAUUUUCAAAGGAAAGGAAUUGUUGUGUUUUGUUCUAUCAUGUAUUUUGCUAAUUACCAUGUAUAGAUCCUCAAAAGAAUUGGAUUUCCAUGUCAGCUCCCACUUCAAGCAGGCAGCCCAGUAAUUUUCAUCUUCAAGCCCUGCCAUGAACUUUGUAGACAUUGUUUUUAUUAAUCUUUUGUUUGAAUGCCCUAUUGCUUCCCUCACAGCACUCAGGAUUGUGACUAACUCCAUUUUUAAUUCUUGAAACUUGGCUUUCCAUUACAUGGUACAUGCUUCAGGACUACAUGUGACCCAGAGAGCAAGGUGGCUGGACUGUAUUCUGGAAGCCCUCGAGUAGAGAGACACACCUCACCAUGCACUGGCUAAACUGUGCCUGACAGAGCAAGAACCCUGAGAACAGAAGGUGAAGAGGUAGACCACAGCUAUGCUUAGGGUUCUGCAUUAGAGAAUAUUUUACCUCUUCCUGUUGAGUUCACUUGGAAUGCUAACUGCAUUGGGAAGCUCAGAACUGAACAUUUUCCUCGUCAGAAGAUGUCUUCCAUUUUGCUUUCAAGUUUGGCAUCCUUUGUGUUACCCAAAAACUAGGCUGUUGUGUCAAGAUUCAAUGAAAUUUUUAGAAAGCAAACAUGAUGUCUCUAUUGUGCAGGUUCUUUUCUAUUGGUUAUUUAAAGGAUGUACCCUUCAUGUCGAGGUAACUCUGGAAAAAAAUCCCUAAUGGGUAUUCCUAAACAUAAACUUUUUCUUUAUUAUACACUUGCUACAGAGUAAAAUCCUAUUUAAAAAACUGCCCUUUAAAGAAUUAUCUUGCAUAGUUAAGUAUUUUCUGAAUCCUAGGCAUUGGUCCACAGAGGUCCCUUUUUUUUUUAGUUUGAGAUACAGCAAAUGAUCUCAACUAUGGCGUACUCCAAUUCUGUCUCCUUAGUAAGCAUUCUGUUAGUGAUUUUUUUAAAAAAUGGAGGGCUGUUGCAUUGUGGGCGAGACUACCAGUGAACUGUAUCUGGACUCUAUAAUUCUUACUCAUUGGCCAAGCAGCAGUUACUUUCAGCUCUUUCCACCCCAGGUAUACAACCACUGAACUCUGGAAAUACACAAUAAAUUCACACAAAAAUAGAGGAAUUGGCAAGAAGAAAGGAUUGUGUACAGAGAAUUCAAGAAGGGCUUAUAUGAUGGCUUCUCCUUGAACGUUCAAAACACUUUGCUGUUCCAGGGAGGAUGAGAGUGACUUUGUCUGGCUCUAUCGUGCAAACUAGGAAUGUGUGAUAUGAAGCUAAAUAGUCUGUUUGAUCUGAUUUCAAUUAUAACCAAGUAGUUGCAUAUCCUGUGUACCUGUUAAGCUUCUGGAUUAUCAGCUCUAUUCUCUGUUGGGCACUUCACUGUUGUUUAAGUAUUAAUGGGCUCUAUUUCCUCCAUAGUU